CUCUUUUCUAAUAUGUUACGUAGCAAUUCAUACUUCUUCAUGUUGGACUGAGCACAAGGAAAAUCAGAGCGGUAUUUUAUUGAAGAUUUUGUGUAUUCAGGAUAUUUACAUGCCAUUUUCAAAAGCAUUAAAUAUCUAUGUAAAAACAUGAAUUCUUCUUCCUGAUCUUUUUCAAGGCUUGCUUUCCUUGCACUGUCAUGUAAUUUUUUCAUUUUAUCCAAACAACUAAGAAAAUAGAAUUUAUAUUUAAAAAGAAUAAGCAGUACCACCCUAAUGAUUAAACAUACAAAUCAUGAAACUAUUCUUACGCGGGAAGAGAUAAGUCAGGGAUUUUAACUUCAGCUUUUCUUAGCAAUGAUUCUAUUGAAUCAGCAAUAUGUAGUGGUUGGACCAUUUUUGUUGGCAUUAGUAUAACUUAGUCAACUUAUAUUAUCAGUUAAAAAUCUAGUCAUUGACACCACUCAAAUGAUAAAGUAUAAGGCAUAUGAGAUAUUUUAGAAUUUCAGUAAAAUAAUUUAUUCUUAAAUAUUAAAACUAAAAAGCAAAGAAAUGGGUAAAACAACAAAUCCCUAUACUCAGUAACAGGUUUAAUGUUUAUCUCCAUAACAGCUGUUCCUGACAAAUUAAAUGAUAUUAUCGAUUUCAGACCAAAGAGGGCGCAUUUGAUAACUGCUCAAGAUGGACUUAAUUAUAAUCAACGAUUACGAUUUCAGUAAUUUUGAUUACGUGAUGGUACGAUUGUAAUCAGGUUUCACUGGACCUAAUAAGCGGGCUGCCGUGGAGCAACUCUUUACGAUCCCAUACCCAGACUCAGUUCCACUAAUAGUGAUGGCUGAUUACAGUAAAGUUUUAGAAUAUAUAAAGGCUAGUGAAGCUAGGGUUUCAACAAUUUCUAAGAGCACUAAAGAAGUUGAAACAGAAAUUAAAACAUUAGAUGGAGAAAUUGAAAUAAUGAGGGCUAAAGAGAAGCAAUUAAAAGAUGAACUUUCAUACAAACGUAAAAUGGUAGACGAAAAGGAAUGGGAAUUUCAGAAUCUUAAAAAUACAUAUGAAGUUUGGGCCAAUAUGCUGGAAGAAAAGAGGAAUAAUUUAGACAUAAUAGAAAAUGAACUUAGGUGCAUGCAGCAAAAUGUUUGGGAUACACGUAUUUCAUUUUAUGAUAAUACGAUGGAUUUUUUAAAUAAAAAUGACAUUUUGUUGAAUAACGAUGGUUUGGAAAAUAUAAUUAAAAAAAAGCAAGAAAAAAAUAAGUUAAGUGAAUCAGUUAAAGCUCUGGAAAUGAAUCUUAAUAUCACUGAAAAUAUUCAUACCGAAAUUAAAGGAAGAUAUGAUUUAUUAAGUCAUUUAGAAAAAGAAAGAGAGAUUUUAUUAGAAUAUGAACAAACUUCAGACAUCAAAAGGUUGCAAUGUAAAAUAGAUUCUUACAAUAGUGAGCUGGAAUGUAUAGAACUUGAAAUGACUAAAUACAGUGACAGAGCAGCAAUGACUAGUCACGAAGUGGUUACCAAGAAAUCUCGACUGUCCAAUGAAGCUGUGGGAACACAUUGCAGAAGUGAGAAUUCUUUAUCCAACAAGCCAGAAAUACAAGAAGGCAGUUUUGAACAUUUGGAGAGAAAGCAUCCUUUUAAACCAAAAGUUCCCAGUUUCUUACUCGAGAAAAACUUCUUCAGUGUAGGAAAAAAGCAGAAGGAGAUUAAUAAAAAUGUUGAGGAUAUAUAAUAAAAUAUUAAAAUUGAAUUUAUAAAUAAUAAACUUUUAUUUUUAAAUAUUUCGGCAAUUAUUUUAUGAUAAAUUGAUACAUCUUAUUUUAGUUUCUUUUGAAGAACGAGAGUCGAUACAACAUUACCUAUUUUCCCACCAAAUUGAAAGGUGGGUGUUGGUAUUACUUCAAAGCACUGAAAUACUGAAAAAAAAAAUUAAGAAAAUAUUAGUUACAUUUAUUUAGGAGGAAAAACAAGUAAUAAGUGCAAACUAUAAACUUCAUUAAACCGAAUAGCAAUAUUAAACCACAAUGUUUACCUAAAAAAUAGGCGAACAUGGCGAUGCCAAGGGAUGUAAAAGGGAUUCGUAGACUAUUGGGGACAUUAAAUUACUACCGCAGGUUUUGUCCCAGAGAUGGCGGAAUACUUGGCACCCCUAAAUAUUCUACUGGGAAAGGGCCGGAAAAUAGUAAUUAUGUCAGCGACAGAAGAUAAUGUGAAGAAAUGCAUGGCACGAUUACAAGACAAGCCAGUACUAGCUUUUCCAUAUUUUGACAGAACAUGUAUCAUUACCAUGGAUGCAAGCGAAUAUGCGCCGGGGGCAGUACUCGCUCAAGAAUGGACUAAAUGUGCACAACCGGUGGCAUACGCGAGAAGGCGUCUCACAGCGGCAGAGGGUAGGUACAGCGCGUUGGAAAGGGAACUCUUGUGUAUAGUAUGGACAGUGGGGCAUUUUAGGCCAUAUAUUUUUGAACAGAAAUUUAAAAUUCACACAGAUCACCGACCUCUGCUAUGGGUAGGAAAUCUCAACGAGUCAUCAGCCAGAGUCACUCGGUGGAAACAAUUCCUAAGCCAGUACAACAUGGAAAUCACGUAUAAGACUGGUAAGGAAAAUUUAGUGGUGGAUUGGUUGUCCAGGGCCAUCACCAUAAAUGCUACUGAAGAAGAAGAAGAAACAUCGCAGGACGUGAGGCAUUUCCUCUGAACAUGGAUGCCAAAAAAAGAAGGGGAACAUGAGAAUGCAUGGACGGAGGAAAGAGAGGAAUCCCGAAAAGAGGAGAGCUCGAUCAAAGAGAAAUCAAAUGACAUAUAGGAAUGCGAAGAAAUUGUCAAUGACAAAUGACACCAGGUAAUUUGGAAGACGAAAACUUCGGGAAUGAUAAAGAUAGCCAUGUGGAAAAAACAAGAUCAUCACUAUUUGGUGGCAGCCAGGGACACGUGAAGAGAAAAUCUGUAAGGUACUAUAGGAUACAUCCGAACCAAGAAAAACAUACUACCUUUACAUAGGAAAUGCCACGAUAUGGAAAAAAAAAUAAAAAAAAUAUGGAGAGCCAAAAAAAAUAGGCGUAGUUAGGGAUUUUAUUGGGUGUAAAUAAUUAGUGGAAAUGGUGGCAGAUGUGGAGUAGCAGAAAGAAGUAACAUUGGCAUACCAUCAAGGUAAAACCAAUCACCGUGGGGUCAAUGAAACACUGCAGGCCCUACACAGGAGAUACUUCUGGGAGGAAAUGAAAAAGACUAUUGCAGAAAUCAUAGGAGCAUCUGAAGUCUGCGCACGCACAAAAUACAAUAAGACGUUCCCCACAAGGAAAACAGGAGGAAACGCCAACCGGAGACAUGCAAUUGAAGAACAUACACAUCAACUCUUUUAAAUGGGUAACGAUGGUUGGCCUCUUCAGCAAAAUUCCAAUGUUACACUGAGUGCAGGACAGAUCUUCGGAGGCUGUAGUGAGAGCUCUUCAAACUUGGACUCAAUUUUAAUGACCCCAGAAAAAGGAGGACUAUUCAUGUUGAAAUUAAUUAGGUGUGUUGAAUACACCUAAAUAAACCUUUGCAAUGAUUAUUAUGUAUGCUGGUAGGUUAUAACGAUUAUUAGAUAAUAAAGUGAGGUUUUGUAAGCAGCAUAGUGUCUUCUUUCGCAUCUCUUUUUUCCUUUUUAUUAUUUAUCGUCCAGAUGUUCAUAAGUUUUAUAUAUAUACACCAAUAUCAAAAAUUAGUAAAGCAUUAAUUUUGUAUUCAUGAUUUAAAUUAUAUUUUGUUUUCUGGAAAUUCCAUAGUUCUGCAUAAUACUAGCAAUAUAAUGAAAGUGAAAUGAUUAAUGCAAAUAUUAUAAAAUAGCUGUACAUACCAUCUUUGCAAUGUGAAACAAUUUCAUGAUCUGUCCAGUUACAAGUAGUUAUAAUAAACAAUCCAUCAUCAUUUAAUAAAUUAGAUACAUUUUCAAUAUACCUUUGCCUUUUUUCAACAGCAUUUUCAGGAUUAAGACUGAUUGCAUCAUAUGUACCUUUAUCGAAAGCAAUAUCAAAACCAGAAAUAUCUAAAUUUCCAACUAGAUCUAAUACCUUAA